GUGACUAGCAUCCGCACCGUCCACUUCUGCAUGUGGGCAAUCAACCCCACUUUCAAAACGGCCUGGAUCAACCUUUUCCAACAAAGGUACUGUUGAUUAAAGAAGCAGUGACGUUUUUGGCGACAAAUUUCAAUGGCAGAAUCAAAACCAGACCCGGCAAAGUCUCCAUCAGGUAUUAUUGAAAAAGAUGAAAGAGCCAAGGAAGAGAUUGAAUCAAUAAUUCAAAUUCCUGACCAUCAUAAAGAAACACAUGGAACAAGUGAUGACAUUGAUGAAAACACCUCCACAGAUGAAGUCAGAGGACCAGGUGUGUUUGAACGAGUGAAGGAAGAGGUUGAGGCCCUUGUUGAAGCAAUUCAUCCUAAGAAGGAUGAAAACCACAAGACAUCUUCCUAGAGAGGAAAUGAAGUAAGUUUGUGAAAAUAAGAUUUUUGUUGGAUUGAAAGGUGGAAGUUGAUGUUGUAUUCUUGAUGAUUUUCAAUUGCUUUGAUAUUUAUAUGUUUGCUUCAGUUAAUUAUUUAGAUGAACUUGGACAUGGUAGCUUGUAUCAUUGUUCCAUUGUUUGAUUUGAAAUUGAAAAACUUUAUUUCACUUC